CGCUCGAAGGCUGCAUGGCGCAUGCAUUGGGGGGCACAACCUGGAUGUGCAUGCGUUGUGGUGGUCUUGUGAACUAUCCCUUUAACUUGUUUACACUGAGGUUAAUAAAAGAAUUAAGUAUUUUUGAGGAGGAGAAAUUGCGAUCUUGUGUCUGCUAUUUAAAUAUGGGCCGGUCCUAUCUUCCAUACUAAUAAAAACCUCACCUGACAUGACAUCUGUGAAGUGAUGAUAUCACGGCCAGACUGUAUCCGGCACAGAACCGCUUGUGGCAUGUGUGUCUUUCUCUGAGCUGUCAUCACUCAGGUCCUGUAUCUGAACAGUGCUCUGUCUGCGUUUUUGACCACAGAGGGAGUGAAGAACAGAGUCAACACUCGAGGAGUCCUGCAUUAUUGAGCGACAGGACACCAGGGCGGGAGGGCUGUGAUGUAUCGAUAGUGAUUGAUCGGCUGCCAUUGAUCCGUUGUGGACGGUUAUGGAAGAGCACAAUACAUCUGAGAUACUCGCCCAACAGGAAGUCAUCCAGCCUGACCAUCGUAGCAGCACUGCCCCACAAUCCCAGCAGAGUGAGCAUGACCCCUCCUUAGCCCCACCCCCUUCCUCCUCCUCCUCAGCAGCGACGGACAGCUCCUCCUCUCCAGCCUGUGAGGAGGCAAGAUCAAAAGAGCAGAGCAGAAGUGUGGAGGCUUCUCACAAGGAUGCAACAACACAGCCCGAGCAUCCCCCGUGUGAGUCGCUUAUGGAUGCUGCUCAGCCAGGCAACGUCGAGGUCCAGCAGCCUCAAACGGACACCGGAGCCAUGCCGGAGCAGACGGGAGACACUGUGGACACGGGUCAGGGAAUAGUGGAGACUCCGGGUAUGCAGGACGGUGGAGGAGAGAGAGAGGAGGUGGAGACUCUGAAGCUGGAGGAGACGGGAGAUAAUCAGGAAGUUCCUGAAAAUACUCCAGAGUUUGAUUCGGAGGAAGAUGGACACGGGGUGGAGUCGCUGGAUGUUACGAACGUGUCCACGCUGGACGACAUUGCCAAGCGCAUACAGGUAGAAGAGAUCACACCAGCCGCAGGUCUUGUGUCUAUCUUAAAAAGAAGGGCCUCACUAGAAGGAGCCAACAGUUCUGCCGCCGCUGCUCCUAAACCCGUCUCCAAGCGCAAGGUCCGUUUCCGUGAGCCCUACGAAGGCCUGGACCACGAUGAGGUAGGCGGAGACUCUUGGCUGCUCCUCCUCUUGUUGUGUUUGGCUACCGUGGUGAUCAGCGUGGGCGGGACUGCGCUCUACUGCACCUUCGGAGACGCCCAAUCCAGCGUGUGCACAGACUUUUCCCAUAACAUGGACUUUUACAUCGGCCGGGUGCAGAGAGGGGUGGAUGAGCUCAAACACUGGCUGUCCCCGAGCUCAUAGCGGGACAACGAAGGACAAAAUGACUCUAGGGUUGUUAAAGAGUCCUUUUUUUAUUUCAUCGUUAGACUCUAUGAUCUCUUAAUAAUUGAGUGGCAUGUAUGAACGUGUUAAGCUGACAACACCUUCAGCACAACAGACUUCAUGGUGAGACCUAAACAAUUGUUAUGUGUAGGAUUCAGGUCUUUCUGUCACUGAAUACGCCCUAUGAACCCUGAGCCCGCCUUUCAGGUUUGAAAAGGGGACGACCGGCCUCCAAAAGACCUGAGAAAACCUCUUGGCCAGUGUUUUUUCUCGAGUAGCUCCCUGUUUACUGCCGUCCACUGAACCUCAUACAGAGAGACUUCGUUUUUAAAGCAAUCUUUAUAUUUGAUUGACAGGAUUUUCAUUCAUUCAGUGAUUGACCAUCAUGGCACUAAAGACGAUGAUGGACGUAACCAUCUGUAGCCUGGACGUAGCAUUCUCCUGUGGUCGGCCUGGAUGGACUUAUGGAAAAUAUUUCUAGGGACAGGAAAGCAAUACAUGAGAGUUCAAUCUUUUUAGAUGCACUCGGCAAGAACAUCCCUGGAAGACAAAUCUUGGUUCAAAAAUGUUAUAGAGAUAUAUUUCAAAUAGAUUCAGCUGUAUUUUGGGCUUGUUAAAAUAGCUGAUACAGCCACUGAAAACAUGAAGAGACCACUCCAAAAUUAUUUUCAGUUUUUCUUCAUUUACUAUUUCCAGGUAUGCGUUUAGGUAAAGUGAUCAUUUUUGUUUUCUUCUGUAAAGUAGUUUCUCCCAAAUUUCUCCCAAAUUCCAAAUGAAAAGGUUGUUUUCUUAUCCUAAAAUAUCCAUUUUACCUUUAAAAAUGACCAGGAUUUGUUUAUCCAUACGCUAAACCACGUUCUCCAAUAUAUGAUGCCUUGCUGACUGUAUCUAGAGGAAAGUCUUAAAGAAGAGCUCGGUACUAGCACGAGAAUGUUGUGGUUUUAUCAUUUUCUCAGGCAUGGUCUUACUGAUCUUAACAGUUAUUGCAAUCAUGAUGUUAAAAAAUACUUUGCUUUUAUGUUAUUAUAACUUUACAUCUUGUGUUAAAUAAAUGUGUUUUAAGUCAGAUUAAGAGUUUGCUAUUCUCAUAAACGCACCCUGUGUUUGUUCUACCCAAUGUGUUUCUCAGAGAACAUCUGUUAUGUUUCUUUUCAAAGCACAGACCUGCUCUGAUAACGUCAACAUGUGCAAGAAAUUUAACGUGCGCAUUUUAGCACAGUCAUGUGCUGUGGUCACGUUCAAAAGUACAAGAACUGUAAAACAUUAUUUUGGGUUCUCUGUUUUUAUUUGUAUGUUAUCUGGCUGGUUCAGAUGACCGAUGAAUGUCUUAUUGUGUGAGUUGUCAGUAUUUAUUUAAUGCAGAACAGAAAGUCUUUUAGAAUCACAAUGUCCGGCUGCAUGCACUCUCUACUGUCUGUACAGAGACUAUUUGAAAUUUUGUUUUUCAUCAUUUUAAUUUUGUGUAUAUAUCAUGUGAAGAUUUCUGUAUUUCCUUAAUGUCUUAAUUGGUUCAGAUUUGUUUAGUUAUUGGCUUGGGAGAAAAUGUUAAAGGUAAAUGCAAUGAGAUGUCUUUGACCAAACAUACAUGGCAAAUAAAUUUUAAUGUUGGGACUAAGUUGUCUCAUUCCAAUGUAUUUUAUGGUUUAAUUGUAACAUAUAUACUGUUUAACCUAUAUAUAUU